GGGUAGUAUUUGGGGCUGUGGGAUCUUAUUGUAGCCGCCUAGUCGCACGCAGCUAGCGCUUAUCUUUGCAUUGCAAGGUUAAACAUCCUCCACGAUUCUUCGAUGGUGACAGGUUCUGAUAAAUGCUGCCAGAGCCUGGGUCCUAGAUGUCUCAUCCUCCCGUCAAUCUUUCUUAGGUCAGUUCAAAGUCGAUUGCCGUCGCCGAAGCGAAUCGUGGAUGUUGUCAUCGCAUAAUAACAUCUAUUUUCGCCGAAACACUUUCGCAUGACUUUCUCAUCAUGCCCGUCUUUAGCCUGUGUUUCUUUCUGUGUUUGGUUUCCACAACGUUUGUCGCCGCCGAAAACCGUUUCCGCCGGCCACCUGGCCCAGGUCUCGCUUAUGACUACCGAGACAACAAUGUUUACACCAUGGGAGAAACCUUGGAUCUCCACUGGGACAUGGACUACGACUCUGCGAGGUUAAUAUUAUGGCAAGAGUUGGUAGGAGGCGGCAGUACUUUGGACUACAUCGAUAUCGCAGUGAGCACUUCUGCAAAGUCAAUAAACUGGGAAGUCUCCACAAAAGACUUCCCUAAUCCGAAGUUGAGCAACCUCUACUUCUUCGAGUUACUCGGCCCAGGCAAAGAACCGGCAAACUGGGGCGUUACCUGUCACUACUUCAACAUCACCGAAGCCCCAUUGACACCACAGCCAAGUAAUACCACAGUAGCAACACCUCUGUCGUCGAAAAAGAACGAAGGAUUACCGGCGGGAGCUGCCGCAGGCAUCGCGGUUGGAGUUACCUUUGCCGCGGUCUUGGGCAUGGGCGCAUUUGGAUGGCUUUUGUGGCGUCAAAGGCAAGCUAGAAGAGGCCCAACCGCACAAGACGAGAAGCACAGCUUUAACGGGAGUCAUGAACAGCCGUAUCAGUAUGCUUUAUCUCCUCAAUGGCAGCCAGAAUUACCAGGAGAAGGGCAUGGCUUAUAUGAAAUUCAUGCCACCAGCAUGAACGUCAGAUACGAGAUGUCCUCCGACCCAGGCACGGGCUGCGCAGGAGAUGGAAAUAACAAACCAAAAGCGUUCCCAAAUAAUAUACGAUGAGUUUUAA